AUGGGACCCCAACUAUCCAAAGGGAAGUAUCGAAGAGUGAAGAAGCAGAAGGGCCCACGGCAAAAGCCCGCCAACACCACUCUGAAAUGCAUCUUCGGCCUCUUGCUGCCCCGUUUCUGCUUCACGUUCCUAUAUAGCCAGCCUGAUGAAUUUCGACCCGCCAAGGUUUUCCUGGGGGCUGGAGUGGGAAGUUUAUUUGCUUUGGGGCUCUCCUUCCUUCUAAUUUUCCCCAUGACCAUCACAGAGGAGCAUAAAAUCGAGCUGAUGUACAGCAUGGCAGGUGUGGCUGCCUUAGGCUGGGCCACCUCUCCGCACUUCCGUUGCGCCAGCCUCAUGGUGAUACCCAAAUUCCUGGGCAAAGAAGGGCGGAUUUACAUCCUCACCUACGUGUUGGCAGCAGUCUAUGACGGCCCGGUGGCAAACAUCCGGCACAAUUUGGGCGAGGUGGUCAAGUCCAUCAGCUGCACGGUGGAGCUGCAGAUCGAGAAUGCCAAACGCUCGUGGAAGGCCUCCCUGGCCCCACUGCGCAAGAUCCUGAAGGACAUGGUGAGGAGUGGAGAGAAGCUGAAAUCCGAGACCCAGGUGGUCUCGGGCUCCUUCUCAGAGCUGAACAAUCAGGUGGCCAGCCAGGCCGGCUACGACGUGCGCUUGGUGAGGGAAGCGGUGGGGAGAGCCAGCCCUUCCACCCAGGAGGUGUACGAGGCGAAGACCCGGCUGCGUUGCGCAUACAUCAUAGACCAAGCCAUUGCGCGCUGCAGAAGCUGGUUCGACACCAAGCACCGAUCCUGCCUGCGCACCAUCGCGGUGCCCCUGCUCAACCACCUGCUGUGCAUCCCCAUGAAAUUCACCUUUCUCUGCAGUUUUGCCAAGCUCAUGCAUGUGUGGUGCCGGGACAAAAUCCCCGUGGAAGGGAACUUCGGCCAGACGUACGACCGGGUAAACUCCUCCGUGGACAGCUUGAACCAGGACUUCACAGCCAGAGUGGUGUUCACGGAAGAGCAUCAGUCCAUGCUGGUGGGGGCCGACCUCUCCUCGCACAAGCAUCUGGUGGACGACGUGAACGAGCAGCUCGUCGAGCACGGAGCCCGCCUGGGCACGGCCAUGUCCGUCCUCCGGGUCCUGCUCUCCUGCACCUUUGUCCUCAUUUUCGCCUCGGCAUUUUCCUAUACAAACCGUUACAACCAGGACAUCCGCUUUGACAAUCUUUACAUCUCCCGCUACUUCCGGCAGAUCGAUGCCCGCCGUCGGAAGCAGAAGAAACGCACGCUCCUGCCCUUGCGGCGCGCCGAGCAAAGCAGUGUCAUCGACCCUUCGCACGUCGCUUUCCAGCCGGCCGAGACCAAGAACGUGAUGCUGGAGUUACUGGGCUGCAUGCCAGCGCUGAUCUUUCUCACGAUCGCUUGCACCCUGGAUUUUCUGCUCUACACCAUCUUCAGCACCAUCCGACACCACUCCUUUGUCGAGUACUCCUUCCACAGCAGCCACCACCUGGAAGUGAAGGUGGGUGGGAAGACCAUGAUGGCCCGGCUUCUUCGGAGCACCAUCGGGGCCCUCAACACCUCCUCCGAGAUGCUGAUGGAGGCAAACAACAUACAGUGCCUGCCGGAAGCACGAGGAAUGAACCAGGAUCAGUACCUGCACUGUGCGAUUCCACUUGGUGUCUUGCUGCUGCUCUGUUUUGCGCAGGUUUACGUCUUCCGCCUCCGUCGCGUCAUCGCCGCUUUCUACUUCCCCAAGCGGGAAAAGAAGCGCGUUCUCUUUCUCUACAAUGAGAUGCUGCGGCAGCGUGUGGCCUUCAUCACGGUGCAGCGGAAGCGCAUCAUCCUGCGGGCCCAGCAGCACAAAAGGCUGGAGAAGCCGUUCCUGGACCGCCUGGGCCACUGGCUUCCGUUCUUGCAGCGCUUCCUCCGCCGGCGCUGCAUCCUGUGCCGCCUGCCCGAAUCUCACAAUUCCCGCCUGUGCCCAAACCCGGACUGUGGCAGCCUGUACUGCAAGCCCUGCUGGCAAGACAUGGGCCGGAUCUGUUACGCAUGCAGCCCCGAUCAGCCCCUCUCUGACGAAGAGAGCAGUGAUGAGCAGGCGGGUUACGCCGACUGA